AUGGCUCGAGGGUUAUUGAGCCUGUUCUUUCUUUUAUUUUUACUUUCAAUUGCUACAGCCGACCUUACUGGAGACCUGAGCAGCGAGAUAAGCUCACUCAAACUUCUCGGUAACGACAAGUACAGCUGCAGCAAAGACAAGCCAUGCUCCAAUGGAGCCUGUUGCGGCAAAAAUGGUGUCUGUGGCUUCGGUAAAACCUACUGCGGUACUACCGGCAAAUCUCCCAACGAUGCCUGCUGGAGUAACUGUGAUGCACAUGCAGAGUGCGGCAAGGAUGCAAAAGAGCCUGGCGAAGCCUGCCCUCUCAACGUCUGCUGCAGUGAAUUUGGCUUCUGUGGUACCACCGAGGAGUUCUGCGGAGAUGGCUGCCAGAGUAAGGACAAAUGUGAACAGCCUGACUCUGGAGCUUCUUCCGGCAAUGUCCAGGAGCGCAUCAUCGGAUACUACGAGGCAUUCAAGUACGAUUCGGACUGCCAGGGCAUGAAAAUCAAGCAGAUCCCCGUUGAGAGCUUAACUCAUGUUAACUAUGCCUUCGCCUAUAUUGACCCUGAUAGCUACGACAUCGGUCCCAUGCCCGAGGUUGAAGAGAAAACUCUCAAAGAUUUCACUGCUCUCAAAGAGCGCAACCCACACGUCGUUCUUGGUGUCUCACUGGGUGGCUGGACCUUCAACGACAACAAAACAGACACUCAAAAAGUCUUUGCCGAGCUCAGCUCCACUGAAAAAAACCGCUCCAAAUUCAUUGACAAGCUACUCUCUUUCAUGCGUCACUAUGGCUUCACUGCCGUAGAUAUUGACUGGGAGUAUCCUGGGGCUCCUGAUAGACAACCCAAAGACUGGGACUCGAAGGACGAUGGCAAAAACUACGUGAAGCUCUUGCAAGACAUCCGGAAGGCUUUCGAUGACCAGGACCUUGAGUACGAGCUCUCCUUCACUGCCCCGACUUCUUAUUGGUACCUUCGUUGGUUUGACAUCCACGAAAUGGUCAAGGCCGCCACUUAUAUGAAUCUUAUGAGCUACGAUCUCCACGGUGUCUGGGAUUCUAGCAACCCAAUCGGUAGCCAUGUCCUUGGGCACACCAACAUGACCGAGAUAAACCAAGCCCUCGAUCUUCUCUGGAGAAACGACGUCCCUGCUAAGAAAGUCAACAUGGGCUUGGCCUUCUACGCCCGAACAUUUGAGCUCAAGGAUAAGAAGUGCAAGAAGCCCGGCUGUGCCUUCAAACACGGGGGCAAGAAGGGUGCCUGCACUGAUACCGAGGGAAUUCUAUCUUACAAUGAGAUCGUCGGAAUCAUUGCAGAAGACAAGGUCAAGCCGGUUUACGACAAGGAGAACGCAAUUAAGUAUCUCGUCUGGGACGAGGACCAGUGGAUCUCAUACGACGACCAGCAGACAUUCCAGCAGAAGAUCAAGAUGUUCAACGAGAAAGGCCUUGGCGGUCUUCUUAUCUGGGCCAUCGACCAGGAUACCCGAAACCUCGAUGCCCUUCGUGGUGUUCUGUACCCCAAGGACGUUAUCAUGACUGACAGUAUGAAGGAUGACACCAGUUACUGGGAGAGCCAACACCCCGGUGACUGUCGUACUACGGAGUGUGGUAAGCCCUGUGGCCCGGGAAGCAUUGAAAUGGACACUUUUAAGUGCCCCGAUGGUGGGGAUAAAGGUGACUCCCGUAUCUGCUGUCCCAUCGCUGCUGCUCCAGAUCCGUCAACCUGCCAUUGGCGUGGUGGUGAAUCUGGAAUUCUUUGUAACGGGCAGUGUCAUGGUGGUGAAGUGGCCUUGGCUUCAGCCGUUGAUGGAGGCAACGGCCACUGUGCAGAUGGACGUCAAUUUUACUGCUGUCCUAUCCCAGAGGUUGCUGCUGGUGGCGGGAUUAACUGCGGCUGGAAGGACACUUGCUCGGACGACCAAGAACCUUUGACCUUUGCCGGAACUUUCUUGGAGUCUAUCUCCGAUGUGCUGGACUUCACCGGCUUGGUCGGCCAGGCCCUGGCUGAUUACCUGCGCGAUGUUGACAUUGACAACGAACGGCAAUACUGCUGCUCCAAGGAAGAAAUCAAAAACUGGAAAGACUGUUAUUGGGCUGGAGAAGGUGGACGAUUCGCGAGUAGCUGCGACGACAACCACUGCAACACUGGGCACGAGGUUGAGCUUACCCUAAGUCCGUAUGGCGAAGGAGAGGACUGUAUGCCUACUGCCCGUCAACGAGCUUUUUGUUGCACGCCCGCAAGUGGUGAAUCGUUGUUCCUUCCAGUUCCUUUGGAGUAUCUCUUUGAGAACCCUCCAGACAACGCUGAUGACCCCGAUUUCAACCUCUCGGUGGAUGACACCUGGGGCACUGGCGACGCUAAAGGUGAUUCUGAAGAAGAGCCUGAUGAUGCUGCUUUCGGAUUCGUGGUUAUCACUGCUCCUGAGGAAGUCCAAGUCAGCUUGGACAAGCGCGAUGGCUCUCCCUGGGAGUUGAUGGACUGCCCCGACAGCGAUAGCGAAGAUGAGCAUACCAUCCGCAUGGUGUGUACCGAUUCCAGCGAGGACAGCAAGUGUGACCACAUUCACCGUGGACAAGGCGCUCCUGGCACUAUCCUGCAAAUGCCCAAUCGAUGUGGUCCUGGUCGCUAUGCGGUCGCGAAGGAGCUCAAGAAGUCCCAGAACCAGACCCUCGCAACACAUCUGAAUAAGCGUGACCUUGCCGGGAGAUCUGUUUACGAUCUGACAUUUGACUAUAACUUCAAGCGCGUCCCUCGUGACUUCGGUGAUGCCAUGAUGCGAAUUGAUUAUAGUAACCAGCCUGGAUACUGGGACUCGGUUGUCGACAGACCUGGUGGCAGUGAUGCUGAGCGAAAGCGCAAACGUGCAAAGCGAGAUGAAUCUGGCUUCCACAAGAACCGCAAGCGCUGGCUCGAAGAAGAGUGGAGCGACGCGUAUCAUCAUAAUGGCAUGGAGCGCCAUGAGGUCCACAAACGUUGGUUUGGUGAGGAUAUUCUCAACUGGCUCGCCGAAUUGAUCACCGUUGGCGAGGCCGAGGCCACAAAAGAGCUUAACCACAAAGUCAAUGAGAAAGUCGAGCUCAUUCUCAUAGAUCAGCAGUUUGGGCCGUGUCCUGUUGGUAAAGCUCAAGCUCAGGCGAACAUCAAGUCCACCAUCACAGCUGAGAUUGACGUCGAGACCUCCUUCGGUCUCACUAUCAUCACAACCCUUGCGGAGGGGAUGGAUCUCAGCAGAUCUUACCUCUACUUCCGAAAUGCCGGAGAGGUCAACGCCAGAUUUGAGCUUGAUGCUGUUGCCUCCCUAACUUACUCUACCGGUGAUAUCAAGCUGCUCGGUCUCGACGACUUCCCUGGUGCUACUUUCCGCGUGCCUGGAGUCGUGACGGUCGGUCCUAACCUUGCUGUUUAUGCCUCCGCGGAUGCCUCUCUUGUUCUAGCCGGACAUCUCGAGGCAGACGUUACCCUCGCAUCCUGGGAGAUUCAGCAGACGUACCCUCAAAGCGAAAAACACCCAGAUCAAGCCCUUGAUGAGCCCGACCGCGAAGCCAAGACCAUCGGCAAGCCCUCAUUUGAUGCCUCUGUGACUGCCAACGGCGAAAUUGCCCUGCAUCUCAAACCGAAAGUCAGCUUUGGUAUUGACUUCGAUGACCGUUGGAAGGUACCUCGGUGCGCCGUCGAUCUUGUUCUAGACGGCUAUGUGAUCGGACACGCGCAAGCCCACGCCUCAUUGAAUGGCGAUAACAGCUGCCCCUUCAGCUAUGGUAUUGAUGCCGGCUCGACAAUGUACGCACAGCUCGAUGCGCCUGAGGAGUUCGGAUGGGGCGAUGACCUCCGUGUCACACUCGCCGAGGUGCCUAGGAAGCAGAUUACGCCUUCGACUUGUGUAGGCGAUAGUGGUGAUAAAGACAAACGGGCAUCUCUGGGCUAUGAGGCUCUUAAUGCCUCUACAGAUGCCGUUUACCCACAAGAACGUGGCUUCAUGCCCAUGCCGGUGUCCCAUUCACUUGCCAAGCGUGACACUCUCACCCUCGGACCUUUGGUUACAAUCCCCGACAGCUUCCUUAACUGUCCUGGAGAAGACAACGGGAAGAACUUCUGUGUGAUGUGCUCAAUGUUCGGAAAGGAAAGCAGCGACAAUGAGGACUCGAAAAGAGCAGUCCCGUCGCUUUUCCGUCGCGACGACGACGAUACCUGCCCUUACUAUCCACCUGGUGACGACGAGAAGUGUACCGAUUCAGACUCGUCUCUUUUGGCGCGCGCCUCAGACCCGAAUACCGCCAAGAAAAUGACCCUCAGUUUCCUGAGUUCGAAGAAUAAAUUCACGUACCUGAGAUAUCCCCGGUGUAACGCCAAGAACGAUGGUCCGACGAAGGUGGCAAAGUGGUACCUUCCCGAGUUCAUGCUCUCUAGUUCAACAGAUAUCAACGACAACCGACGGUGCUCGGCAAAGACAACCAAAGAGAAUUCUCAACAGGCAGCCAACAAUGCCUACUACGUGGAUGGAAACUCGGAUCUACCUGCCACGGCCUUCCGCUCGGAACAUGUCUUCGAAGUACACCUGGUCAGCCAUUUCCUUGAGUGGGUGUGCGGAGGAACAAAAGAAGCCAAGUACGGAAAUCUGAGAAACAAGCUUCCUUUCCCUGGCAAUUGGACUGCUGCCGAUGCUACCUGGUGCAAUGAAGUGUUUGGAGGAUCCAGUGGUGGAAUGACUUGGUCAAGAAACAAUGGCCCCAAAAAGAACUGGGUCCAGCAUACAGCCGACUUCUUGGGAAGUGCUGCCAAUACUGAUCUGCUCGUUCUUUACCACGACUCGCCCAAUGGAGUUAAGAAGGUCAUCACAGAAGGAAAUCAGCCCGAGCUCGAUGACAGUCUCAAAGAAAAGGGUCUAGCGGACAAGGUCAUGAUGAGUGCCACCGUUUUCGACUACAUCCGAACCCUUAGCGACAAAUGGACCAAACCCAGCCAAGACAUCGAGUUGAUCUCCGACGAGUUCGACCAUGAAUACACCCGUCAAUACGUCAACAAUAAACCUUCAGGCAAGGCAAUCGAGAUACCGAAGGCCCCCCGUGACGUCAAACAUUGGGGUCUUCGUACUCUAUGGGCCUAUUGGAUCGACCGACACCUGAACGAAAUUGAAAAGGUGCAGAGCGGAUGGCACCAAGUCGCUAAAACAAAAAUGGAAGGCAAGGGCCAAACCAACGCAGAUGCGAAGAAGUUUGCAUCUCAGACUAUGACGAGUGGUGAUGCAGCAGUGAGUAAGUUCACGUUCCCCCAGAAGAACGUGGGCAAGCCUCUUCCCGGUGAUCCGACGAGUGCAUCAAAUGAUAAGAGUAAAUACGGGAUGUGGGGAGACAACCAGCUAGGAAAGCUGGUCACCAUGUCUGACUCGGAAGAUGGUGAUUGGCAGCAAGUGCGCACCUACACUGACCAUAUUGGUCACCCCGUGGUGUUGGAACAGUUCGUCGAGCCUGAGUUCCCGCCAGAUGACGUACACUUGGUCCCUUUCCAGGUCUACAGUCUUGUUCCUCUUGAUGACGACCAUGAGGAACUUCGGGAAUACCUGAUGCAGAGCUUUAUUGACGAAGAGCUCAAGCCUUUGUUCGAAAUUUAUUCAUACUGCCCGCCCGACGCCUUUGCGUGCAUUGAACAUAACCGCCAGGAAAUCGCCCGGCGUAAGCAGCUUCAUCGGUCAGGGGUUGAGAAUGCACCCCCGCUUAUUCCCAAAUUCCCUCGUCGGAGCGAUGGCACGCUCGGUGGAUUCUGUAUUUUGAUUCGAUCGCACAGCUAUCGAUUCGGUCAGGAUGAGGACGGGUAUACUCAGGCGGGCGAAGGGCCGGAUUUGCUUUAUUUCAACCGCUCAUUUUCCAACACGCGCGGUGAUAUUGACGAAACCCAGCGUAUUUCUGAGGAUGAGAAUCCUACAUCCGAGGCAUUUGAAUUGGCCACACAACGUAUCACGAAACAGUUUAAUAUCGGGCAGAUCCUUAUGCUGGAUAUUUUCCUCAAGGCCGGUCGCCCUGAUUUGCAAUAUGCAUUGGAUAUCGACGAAGGCGAACCUCCUAAAUCCAAUCCGCCAUCCGAAGAUCAGAUUCGCGACCAACUAAAUCAAGAAGCUGCAAUCGGCGGUUUAUCUCUGGAUCCGACAUUCCAAAUUUCACAGGAGAAUGAUAUCGUAACAGUCACCAAUGCUGCGGAGAAAGCUGUUUGUGACGUUCAAUAUGUUAUCCAUGCGCUUUUUCUCGCCCCCGUCGACGAUCCAGCAAGACCAUCUCUCCUGGAAAGCACAGCACGUCUUUUCACGGCGUCGAUUGUGUCACAUCUCCCAGCCAAUAAAACAUUCAACUUCAAAUUCUGUAUCCCAAAUUCUCAUACCUGGUCAGCUAUCCGCCCCGCUCAAACCGAGGCUCUAUCCCACCACAAUCAAGAAAAUCCGUUUGCCAUCGGGGCUCUGCAUACUUUUUCUGCGGACGACGAACAAUCCUCUACCGCAUAUCGCUUUACCCCUCAGCAAUCCGACAAAUACUUCGCCUCUGCCAAACAGACGGCCAAAAUGCCAUUCCGUCUGUUUACAGUUGCGCUCGAUCGCCCCAAAUUUGUCUCCGAAGCCGGUGUUUAUUUCUACAUGGCGGACUUCGAUACGUCCGGGGAUCCGGACCCAUACUUGGAGGUGUGCCCCGAUGAUACGCAGGUAUUCCGGGUCGAGGAUAUGAGUACUGUUGCUGGACGAUUGGGGAUAGUUGUUCUUGACGGGUGA